AUGGCUAACUACGGACAUUGCACAAUCAUUGAGAACCCGAAUUUCUAUCCCGAGCAAGCUGCCGCCGAUAUCCAUGCCGCAUUGGCUUCAAAAGAUAAUGAUACGAUUAUCAAUCAUUUAACUUCGAUCUCAAAUCCGCAACGACAAAAACUCCGUGAGGCCUAUUUUCAACAAUUCGACGUCGAGUUGGACAAAGCUAUCGACAAGAAAUUGUCUGGAGACCUUGAGAAAUUGAUUCUCGCUCUCAUUGACACCCCGUUGGAGUACGAUUUGAAACAGAUCAAAGAUGCGAUGAAGGGAUUCGGAACUGAUGAGAACACGUUGAUCGAGAUUCUUUGCACGAGAACUCCUGAACAAAUGGUCCAUAUAAAUAGUGGAUUUCACACUCUUUUCAAAAAGGACUUGGCAAAGGAGAUUGCCGGUGACACUUCAGGUGAUUUCAAGAAAUUGUUGGUCGCUUUGGUGAACGGAUCAAAGGAUGGAUCUCGGUACAUCCACGAUUCUCAAGCCAGAGAGGAUGCUCACUUCCUCUACGAUGAUGGAAAACUCAAGACCCCACCAUCGCACUUUCUGCAAAUUUUAGAGACUCAAAAUAUUCAUCAGCUUCGCAGGGUCUUUGAAGAGUUUGAGCUCCAUACGGGAAAAUCGAUCGAGGACGCGGUCGCCAAAGAGUUCAAAGGGGAUCUCGGUGAUGGCCUUUUGGCUAUUGUUAGAGCCACUCAAAACAAGCAACGCUACUUCGCGUUGCAGCUUGAGAAGGCCACCAAGGGCUCCGUGAAAGACAAUGAUCUGAUCCGUGUGUUGGUCUCUCGUUCCGAGGUCGAUCUCAAGCACAUUCAAGAAGAGUACCAUCGACACCAUCAAAAAUCUCUCGUCGAUGUGAUCACGGCUGAGACCAAAGGACCUUACCGUGACGCUCUUCUCAAGAUCCUUCAUGGCAAUUAU